AUGGCUACGUCCGACGCCGCAACUCACGACCCUCUCCUUUCCCUCCGCCGCGCAAUUGCGGCCGGUAGCCUCCCAACACCGACGACCUCUCCCGAGCUUUCUGCUGAAACGGCCACCGAGGACCUGGCUAAUGCCUCCUAUCUCUAUUUCACACAGCCGACUCUUCAGACAAUUCCAUUGGCUACCCCGACGCGAUUCAUUUCUGCGAACUCGGGCUCCCCGGUCGACCUGCGAAGUAUCCUUUUCGCGUGGCAGAACAAAGAUGUCGCUAUUCCUGAGUACUUCGCCUCGGCGAAUCAGUUCAACGAGACCCUGAAACAGAAGGCCUCACAGGAAGAUGGAAAGGAAGAAAGUGUACAGAUUCUUGUCUUCGUUGAACGUCUCGAUCUCAUCACUUGGCUGGAAGGCGCUUCUGAUGAGAGUGAACACAUCAAGCCUCUCGAGGGUGCUGCAGCUGCUGCAGAAGCUGCCGCCAAAGCUGCCGGUGCUGCACAGGCUGAGGCUGCCGCCGGGAUCGCCGCCGGCACGGCUGGUGGUGCGACCGCUCCAAGCGGUGUUGCAGGAGCAGCAUCAGCUGGAGCUCAAGCUGGUCGCCCACAGAAGCUGAUCGGGCCUCGGCUGCAGGAGAUAUAUAACGGGGAACGCAAGACAGGUGAUCGGAACACAGUGCUGCGCGGAAUUAAGCCAACAGACUUCUCGCACGUUCGUAAGAGCGCCGAAGUGUUCCUCAACCGCAACCGCCCCGGCCACCCAGCUAAGCCCGGCAGUAAGCCUCAGGUUCCCGCGCCUUCAGCAGGACUCCCGGUUUCGUCAUCGCGCAAGUCCACAUCACACUCGCGCCCAGACCCUAUCAUCCUGAUCUCACCCUCCGCUUCCUCCCUCAUCCGCAUGUCGAACGUCAAGUCCUUCCUGGAAGACGGUGUCUUCGUGCCUCCGGACCACCCAACCCUCUCCAGCGCAACCAAUGCAAACCUGGUCAAGCUGGAGCGCCCACUCCGCGGAGACCCUUCCAAUCCCAAUUCUGGCGCAGUCGGUUCCCGAGGUGGCUCCAAACCCACCAGACCGACAAAGUUUAUUGUUGUCGACGGUACCGCCAACUUCAAGCCCGAGUACUGGGACCGCCUUGUGGCCGUCUUCACUACCGGCCAGACCUGGCAAUUUAAGUCCUACAAGUGGUCUUCCCCACCCGAGCUGUUCAAGCACGCCACCGGUGUCUACGUUGGAUGGCGAGGCGAGGAUGUCCCAAGUCAAGUCAAGGGCUGGGGCCGCGGUGUGCAGAACUUCGCCGUUGAGCGUUGGGACGAGAAGAAUGGUCCGCAGGGUGGUGGUCGCUGGCGUGAUCGUGAGAUCGUCGAGGGUAUCUGGACUGCUAUUGAGGAGGGCAUGAGACUUCGUGGCUGGUCCAAAUAG